ACACACACACACUCUGGCUGACAGAGCGGAGAUCCCAGAGGAGGACACACACACUCACGUUUCCAUGGUUUCUUCUUCUUUGGUAUGAAGUCUGUGACUGUGGAUGUAAAUACACCUGAUGAACCAUGAGCGCUGACAGGAAGAGGGGCAGUAUCUCAGACAGUCUGGUCCUCAGCGACUCGGAGGAGGGAGUCGUCAUCACAGGAAUCACGGACGACUCCGUCACCGCCAAGAGCGGCCUGCAGACGGGAGACGAGCUGGUUGCGGCCACCAUCCACCUGGACAAGCUGAACAAACACGAGGUGCUGGAAGUCCUGAAGGUCCUGGAGCCGUAUGAGGACAGCAUGGAGGUCUUGACCAAGAAGGACCGGGUCUCCCUGGACGGCUCUUUGGGAUCCGCUAAUGUGGAGAUACUCCCGGAGACGGAUUUGUCACUGGAUGCAUUAGCUAAAGCGCCACGGUUGUCUCUUGAUGGUUUGGGUGGAACGAUAGAUGCCACACAGGGGUUAGGUGGGAGAAUAGGCGCUCCCAUUGUCAAUGGAGAUAUUCCCAGUCUGAGUUUAAAUAAGCCCUCUGCAGAUGUUGGUGGUGCAAUCACUGUGCCUUCGGCAACACUGACAGGAGCAGAUUUAGAUGCAGAUCUAGGUGGCAGGCUCACAUCACCAGAUGUUUCCCUCUCAACUUCGCGCCUUAACACACCUAGUGCCUCUCUCAACGUUGAUAAACCAAAUGUCAACAAAGGAAACUACAAGGCCCCUAAAUUUGAAAUGCCACACUUCAGUCUACCUCAAGUCACAGUUCCAACGGUGGACUUGGAUACUUCUGGAGAUGUAGAUCUUCCUUCUGUGAGAGGAAAUAUGGACAUGCCAGACUUCGACCUGUCAGGCCCCCAGGGAGGAAUUAAAGGCACUGGUCUGGACUUAAAUGGUCCAACAGUGGAUCUGAAUUCUCCUGAUAUCAGUUUAGACAGUCCACAAGCUGACAUCAAGGCACCAUCUGGCAAUGUCAAGUGGCCUGGUAACUGGAAACUUCCAAAAGUAAAAGGACCAGACACCAACUUAAAGGCCGAUCUGACAGCUCCUGAUGCCAGCUUCUCCACACCAAAGAUUGAUGGGGAUAUUAAUGCACCAGAUGUUGACAUUAACUUGCCCAAAGCUGACAUUAAAGCCCCUGAUGUUGACAUUAAAACCCCUGACAUUGACAUUGAUAAACCAUCUGGUAAGAUUCACUGGCCUCAUGAGAAGUGGGGGAAAUUCAAACUUCAUCGACCAAAAACUGAUCUUGACGUUGACGCAAAGGUAAACACCCCUGAUGUUGACGUCUCACUUCCAAAAGUGGAGGGUGACAUUCAUGCCCCAGAUAUUGAUGCUUCACACAAAAUCAACUGGCCUCAUCACAAAUGGAAGAAGCCAAAGAUACACCGGCCAAAAGCAGACUUAGACAUCAAUGCUGACGUCAACACACCAAAUAUGUAUCUGUCAGCUCCAAAGAUUGAGGGUGACAUCAAUGGGCCCAGUGCUGAGUUGAAUCUACCAGAUGCUGACCUCAACACCACAGAUAUCAACAUAGAGCCUCCAUCUGGAAAAAUCCAAUGGCCUCACCAGAAGUGGAAAAAACCCAAAAUACGUGGUCCAAAAGCUGACCUGAAUGCAGAUUUGAGUGCUCCCGAUGUCGAUGUUUCAAUUCCAAAUGUUGAUGCCGACAUUAAUGCACCAGAUGUUGACUUAACGUUACCCAAAGGAGAUCUUGACAUAGAUGGUCCUGAAGUCCCUUCUGGUAAAAUCAAGUUCCCAACUCUGAAAAAGCCAAAAUUCAACUUGUUUGGGCCAAAGGUGACAAGCCCAGAUGUUGACCUUGAUGUUAGUGGAAAAGCCCCUGAUCUCAGUGCUUCCCUUGACAAACCUGAUGUUGAUUUAAAUUUGCCUGAUGGUGACAUUGAUGUGAAAGCUCCAAGCGCAGACAUCAAGGGCCCAAAUGCCAAAUGGCCUAGUUUAAAAAAGCCAAACUGGCCACUAUCAGGCCCCAAGGUUAAUGGUCCAGAUAUGAAUGCUGAUUUGUCUGCCCCAAAUGUUGAUUUGCCAGAUGCUAAUCUAAACUUGCCAGAUGCUGAACUGAAUGGCCCUAAAUUAGAUGUUAAUGCUCCAGACAUUGAUGUAGAUGCUCCAACAGGAAAACUGAAAUGGUUCAAUAUCAAGAAACCUAAAUUUGGCACACUGAAAGCACCAAAAGCUGACAUUGAUGCUGAUUUGUCUGGCCCUAAUAUUGAUUUUCCAGAUGCUGAUGUGAAGUUGCCAAGUGCUGAACUGAAUGGCCCAGGUUUAGAUGUAAAUGCUCCAGACAUUGAUGUAGACGCUCCUUCUGGAAAGCUUAAAUGGUUCAACGUGAAGAAACCUAAAUUUGGCACAUUGAAAGCACCAAAGGCUGACAUUGAUGCUGAUUUGUCUGGCCCAAACAUUGAUUUGCCAGAUGCUGAUGUAAAGUUGCCAAGUGCUGAACUGAAUGGCCCAGAUUUAGAUGUAAAUGCUCCAGACAUUGAUGUAGAUGCUCCUUCAGGAAAGCUUAAAUGGUUCAACGUGAAGAAACCUAAAUUUGGCACAUUGAAAGUACCAAAGGCUGACAUUGAUGCUGAUUUGUCUGGCCCAAACAUUGAUUUGCCAGAUGCUGAUGUAAAGUUGCCAAGUGCUGAACUGAAUGGCCCAGAUUUAGAUGUAAAUGCUCCAGACAUUGAUGUAGAUGCUCCUUCAGGAAAGCUUAAAUGGUUCAACAUAAAGAAACCUAAAUUUGGCACACUGAAAGCACCAAAAGGUGACAUUGAUGCUGAUUUGUCUGCCCCAAAAAUCGAUGGUGGGAUUGACACUCCAGGCAUCGAUAUCGACUUUCCGAAUGCCGAUCUCAAAGGAACAUCUGUGGAUCUUGAUGGUGCAGAUAUUAAUGCUGAUGCACCUGACUGGAAGCUAGGAAAAUUAAAAUUUCCAAAGUUUAAAGGGCCAAAAGUCAAGGGUCCUGAACUGGAUGCUGAUUUUAAAGGACCCGACAUUGAUGUCGGUCUUGAUGUACCCAAGGUGGACUUGGACACCCCUGACGUUGACCUGAAGACACCCGGUCUCUCUUUGCCUGGAGGCAGUCUCGAUACACCAGAUCUCGAUGUUAAUUUACCAGAAGCUGGGGUUGAUCUUCAAACUCCAGAGGUCCAAGGUGGGAAGUUAAAGUUUCCCAAGAUGAAAAUGCCAAAGUUUGGUUCCUCUGGACUAAAAGUGAAAGAACCUAAUUUUGAGGUUGAUGCUAACCUAAAGAGUCCAGAUCUCUCCAUAGACACAGAGAUGCCCAAUGCAGACCUAACAGCAGAUGGGCUACGUCUGAACACUCCUGGAUUGAAUACCAGCACUCCAAAUCUGGAUGCAGGUAUCGACUUACCAGGCUUGAACCUGGCAGGGCCUAGUGUAGAGGCACCCAGCUUUGAUCUGCCAAAAGCACCAAAUGUAGAUGUCAGUUUACCAAAGGCAAAUCUAGAAGCACCUAAUGCCACAGUGAAAUCCCCAAAACUGGAUAUGAGCCUGCCCAAAGGGCCUGAUAUUGACAUCGGCGACUCCAAAUUGCCUCAUUUCAAGAUCCCAAAUGCUAUGUCGGGUCUUGAUGUUGACGCUGGAAUAGACGCACCCAAGGUCGACAUCGGCACUCACUCAGCAAAUGCCAAUAUUUCUGCUCCUAAUGUGGAUGUGAAGCUUCCAGAUGCAGAUUUUAAAGGGCCCUCUGUUGGUGUGAAGGUGCCAGAUGCUGACAUAAGUCUCGAAAAGUCCAAAAAAUCUCAUUUCAAGCUUCCAAAGUUUGGUUGGGGUGGAGGAUCCAAAUCAAAAUCUUUGGACGCUGACAUCGAUGCUAAUCUUGAAGAUGUGAACGGUGACGCUGAUGUGUUAUAUAGUGACUUGGAGGUUCCUGCAUUCAAGUUCCACACUCUGCCAAGAAACAGCAUUGAUGUGUUUGGAGGACUGGCCGAUGCUUUUGGCAUGUCCAGACAAAACUCAGAAGAGAAGGACUACGUCGUGAGCAAAGGGGUCCGCUUGCCAGUUCUGAAUGCAACACACAGGGACGGAGAAAAGGUUGACAUCUUGGAAAGGUUGAGAAUGGCGAAAGAAAAAACUCCCUCAGCUAAUGUCACACCAACUGAAGCCAAAAGCGCCAUUGAUUUGAAACUCUCCCCCUCUGGCCUUGAUUCCUCUCUAGUAAGAGGAGGCACGUUCAAAGUAGACAAGCCGGAGGGAGCGCUGAACUUGGAGGCUCCUGAAAUCUCCACAACCAAUGAAAAUGACAAAUUCUCCCUGGGCCUUUCAAACAUGCUCGUGCUUAACAACUAGGGAUAUCAUGCUGACUAACUGUAGCUGAGUUAGCCCAAGAAAUUAAUCUUCUGUCCAAAAAAAAAAAAACCAAAACCCCACAACAUGUAAAUAUAUGUAACUAAACCCUACUCCACCCCAACAAAGAGCUGCUGCUGGUUCCUGCC